AUGUUUUUUUUAGAGCAUUACCCGACCAACCUGGUGGUAUCGCAGUGUGGGCAAUUCCUGGUGCUGGGCUCAAGCGAAGGAACAGACACACUCAGACACACGCAGACACUGCACGCUCUCGCAUCCCGCCAGCCGGAACGCGCACCGGCCAGUAGUCAGAAG